UGACACAACUACAGUUGCUGACGCAACUACGGCAGAUACGACAGCAGCUGAUGCUACAACUACAGUGGCUGACACAACUACAGCUGAUGCUACAACAACAGUUGCUGAUGCAACAACGGCUGAUGUAACAACAACAGUAGCUGACACAACUACAGUUGCUGACGGAACUACAGCUGAUGCUACAACAACAGUUGCUGAUGCAACAACGGCUGAUGUUACAACAACAGUAGCUGACACAACUACAGUGGCUGACGCAACUACGGCAGAUACGACAGCAGCUGAUGCUACAACUACAGUGGCUGACACAACUACAGCUGAUGCUACAACAACAGUUGCUGAUGCAACAACGGCUGAUGUUACAACAACAGUAGCUGUCACAACUACAGUGGCUGACGCAACUACGGCAGAUACUACAGCAGCUGAUGCUACAAUUACAGUGGCUGACACAACUACAGCUGAUGCUACAACAACAGUUGCUGGUGCAACAACGGCUGAUGUUACAACAACAGUAGCUGACACAACUACAGUGGCUGACGCAACUACGGCAGAUACUACAGCAGCUGAUGCUACAAGUACAGUGGCUGACACAACUACAGCUGAUGCUACAACAACAGUUGCUGAUGCAACAACGGCUGAUGUUACAACAACAGUUGCUGACACAACUACAGUGGCUGACGCAACUACGGCAGAUACUACAGCAGCUGAUGCUACAACUACAGUGGCUGACACAACUACAGCUCAUGCUACAACAACAGUUGCUGAUGCAACAACGGCUGAUGUUACAACAACAGUAGCUGACACAACUACAGUGGCUGGCGCAACUACGGCAGAUACUACAGGAUCUGAUGCUACAACUACAGUGGCUGACACAACUACAGCUGACGCUACAACAACAGUUGCUGAUGCAACAACGGCUGAUGUUACAACAACAGUUGCUGACGCAACUACAGUUGCUGACACAACUACAGCUGAUGCUUUAACAACAGUUGCUGAUGCAACAACGGCUGAUGUUACAACAACAGUUGCUGACACAACUACAGUGGCUGACGCAACUACGGCAGAUACUACAGCAGCUGAUGCUACAAGUACAGUGGCUGACACAACUACAGCUGAUGCUACAACAACAGUUGCUGGUGCAACAACGGCUGAUGUUACAACAACAGUAGCUGACACAACUACAGUGGCUGACGCAACUACGGCAGAUACUACAGCAGCUGAUGCUACAACUACAGUGGCUGACACAACUACAGCUGAUGCUACAACAACAGUUGCUGAUGCAACAACGGCUGAUGUUACAACAACAGUUGCUGACAUAACUACAGUGGCUGACGCAACUACGGCAGAUACUACAGCAGCUGAUGCUACAAGCACAGUGGCUGACACAACUACAGCUGAUGCUACAACG